ACGACGUUCGACUGUAUUCGUGUCCGCACGCGCGUACUCAUUAUCAAAGGUCUAUAACACAAAUAAUAAAACAAUGUAAUACGUUUCAUUUUAGUAUUCGACCAUUAUUCUAGUUUAAUAUUCGUCUAAUCGUCUCAAGACUCAAAUAGCCAACAGCUUUCUACAUAUUUGAACGGCCUUGACACACUAAUUUUCGAGCCAUGAAUAUUCCCAGUUAUCUACAGUAAUUUCCUUAUCAGAUAAACAGAUCGAUUAGAUAAUUUUACUAUUAGCUAUCCAAUAUACAAUUUUAUAGUACUUCCUACUUAUAUUUUUCAUAUUAGUAUUACUUUUUUAACGCCCAAAAUCUGCUUGAAAAUAAAAACUAACCGAUCACCUUCUUUGAAAAAAAAAAAACGAUUUAACGAUCCCCAUCACCCAUGGAUAACUCCACAGACUCGCAAACGUUGAUUGAUCAUGCAAAUAUUAGUAUCACGGAAGCCGAUAAGCGUAUGAAUUCAGCUUUGAGCCUCAAGGAAUAUUAUACUGUAUACAUCAUUGAAACAAAAAUUGACAGUGAAACAUGGGCUGAAGCAAAAGGAAUGCAAAAGUUGUCAUUGGCAACUCGACGAUAUACUGACUUUGUGACACUUCACAACCACUUGGGAGAUAAAUAUCCUUGGGUGGUUAUACCACCACUACCAGAAAAGAAACAAUCUUUCAUGUGGAACAGUGAAGCUGUGUCUGAUACUAUGGAUCCAGAUUUUGUUGAUAGAAGGCGUGCAGGACUAGAGAGUUUUCUCAAGAGAAUAGCCAGCCAUCCUGAAAUAGGCUAUGACGAGUGUUUUCUUAAAUUUUUAGGCGAAUAUGAUAAUUGGGUGGAUUUAUCAAAACCACAUAACAACAUCUUAAAAGAUACCGAGCUUACAAUUAAAACAAUGAAUGCAUCAUUAAGGGGUAGAAAUUCAGAUAAUCGAUUUGAAGCAAUUAAAACAUACAGCAAUAAAUUACAGGGUUCUAUAAAUAAGAUAUUAACAUACCGAGCAAAACAAGCAGAGCGACUCUACAACGUAGAUAUGAUUCAUUUACAUUAUGGUAGAAUUUUCAGCGAACUCAGUGCUGUAGACAAUGAUAUUGGUGAUGCAGUUCAGAGGACAGGUCAUUAUAUGGACUCAAUUGCUUCAGCUAUUAGUCCAGCGUUGGAAGAUGAAGAGGUUAUAAUGGACCAGUUAAAAGAGUACUUGGCUUUUACAAACUCUUUGCACACCUUUGUUAAAAAUCACGAUUCACUGAAUUACAACUUAAACCAGUUAAAUAAUAUGUCAAGUAAUAAAGAAACUAGUGGGAUAAUGUCCAGACUCUUUGGUUAUACUGCAGCUGCAGCUGAACGCGAUACAGCAGCUAUUGAAGCUUAUGAAAAUAAGAAAAUAGAAGCUAGAGCAAAUUAUUCUGAAUUUGUUGAUAAAUCGUUAGAAAAUUAUAAAGCAUUUGAGAGACAAAAAGACUCAGAUCUUAUGAAAAUUCUUCAAGAUUAUGUAGCGUUCCAAACUAAGUAUGCUCAAAAGGGGUUACAAACAUGGAAAAAUAUUUUACAGAGCAUACAAAGUAUUGAAUAAAUCAUUGCAGUCUUUACAUAUCAUCAUUAUUUAAGUCAAUUAUUAAUUCAUUUUAUUCAUCAUUGUGUACCUUAACAGUUAUUUUUAUGUUAAUUUAAUACUAGGUCAUUCCAAUAUUGUUGAGAAUGGUCUACUUAAAACUGUUAAUGCUGCUAAAAAAUCAUUGAAACAAAUUUUAAGUAGACAUUCUUCUAUUUCAUUAUAUUGUUAUUUAUUUUAUAAUUAAACCAUACAACCAUUUAUACAUUUAUCCAAGCACAUAUUAUGUUAAAUUACAUUUUUUUAUGCAAUUUGUUUGCUAAUCAAAAUACUUGUUAUUUAUCUGUACAUAGUAAUUAGAAAUUUAAUGUGCCUAACUGAGAUUGGUAAAAACUCCAAAACAAUGUAUAUUAUUUUCGCUAUAUUUUUUUGUACACAUUAAAUUGGUUAAAUUUGAAUGUAUUAAACAUUUACAUAUUUUGGCUAUUAAGAACAUCUGUUUUAAUAAUUUCUUUAUAUCAAAUCUAAAGUUGUUACCAAAUGUAUAUGUAUAUUUAUUUAUUUAAUUAUAUUCUUAUUUAGGAAUUAAA